AUGACAAAUUUAACGUCACCAGAAUUUUUACUCCCUGAUGUUGAAUCAGUUACAUCAUUACCUCAUUGGUUACUAAUGCCAUUUAUUACGAUAUCAUUUAUUGAAAGUAUUCUUGGCAUUGUUGGAAAUACUCUUGUUAUUAUUGUUAUAUCAUGUAUUGGUAAAUCAAAUGCACCACAUACACCAUAUAACUGUUUUAUUGUUAAUUUAGCAUUAAGUGAUUUAGUUUUAUGCCUAUUUACAAUGCCUUUAAAUACAUAUAGAACUCUAAAUACUUAUAUGACAUUUCCACCUGCAUUUUGCAAAUUAGCUGAUAGUUUUCCAGCAAUAAAUGUAUGCGUUUCGUCAUUAACUAUAGUUGCAAUAUCCAUUCAUCGUUAUUUGGUUGUUUGUUAUCCACAUAAGAAACUAAUUGGAACGUUUUUGACAUUUAUUAUUAUGAUUGGAAUAUGGUUAUUAGCUAUUGCAGCAGCUAGUCCACUAUUUAUAUAUUCACGUUCAUCAAAAGUUUAUGAUGAAGUUGUCGUUGAAACAAUGACUAAAAUUGCGUGUAUUAAUUCAAUAGAUAAAUUAUGUGAAGAAAAUCAUUAUAGAACAUAUGGACGUUUACAUGUUUGUCAUGAAUCAUGGCCUAAACAUGGUGAUUGGCGUCUUGUAUAUACGAUAUUUAUUUUUUUUCUUCAAUUUAUCCUUCCUAUUUCAAUUAUUUGUAUAACUUAUUAUCAAAUUAUGGUUAAAUUACAAGAACGUUUUCGAUUUCGAUUUUUGAUCAGACGUCAUAAUAUCGUCUCAUUACGUCAUGAAGUUAGUCGUCAAAGAAGAAAUAAUGUCCUUUUAUUACUCAUUGUAUCAUCAUAUGCUAUUAGUUGGUUACCAUUUAAUAUUUCAUAUACUGUGUUCACUUAUGCAAAUCGUUAUCACAUUGAAGCAGGCAAUGAUCAGACGCCUCAUGAAAAAAAAGUAAAUGAAUUAUCUAAAUAUCUUCCAUUACGAUUUUUACUUUGUAUGAUAUCAGCAAUAGCAAAUCCAUUUUUAUAUGGUUAUUUUAAUGAAACAUUUAAAGAUGGUUUAGAAAAAAUCUUUUCAUUAUGUUGUCGACAUAUGAAUAGACGUAUAAAUGAAAUGCGUUAUAAUCAAUCAAAUAUUCCAACAUCAAAAGUAACAUUAAAAAAACUUCAAAAUGUUGAUUUUGGAACAAAAUGA